UCAGAUGUCAAAGUGACAAGUAUCACGCCAAGUAGUAGCUAGUAGCGCCAUAAUAUUAUCUUAUCAUAUUUUUAUACCAAAAAAGGCUAUUUAUGAUAUUAAUUCCACAAAUAUGUGUAAAUAAUUCGGUUCUAUUAAGAUGGACUGGUCUAAACAGGAAAUUAUUGAGUUUUUGAAGCUUUAUGAAAGAGAAAGCAUCAUUUGGGACCCUUAUAAUGUACUAAAUAAAAACAGAAGUGAAGUUCAUUAUGCAUGGAAGCGAAUCCAGGAUGAAUUGCCCUUUAAAAAAUCUUUAGAGGAUUUGAAGAGGAAAAAAGACUCACUGAUGGGUACAUUCAGAAAGUUAGUGGCUAAAGUCAAAGCAAGUGAGGGAGAUGGCUACGAUUCUGAUGAAGUAUUUAAACCUCAAUGGUUUGCUUUUGAUAUCAUGGCCAAGUUUUUAAGACAUUUGAAUGUACCAACUGAGACCAUAAAGGUAGAGAAAUUAGAAACUAACACUGAGGAGCAAGAUGAUUAUAUAGAAAAUGGAACACAAGAUGAUAAUAUUUCAAAUAUCUUGGUGAGCUCGACAGAACCUACGAUAUCUACGAACAAACGUAAAGCAACUUCAGAUGAUUCCAUUAACGAAAUGACAAAAAAAAGCAAAACAACACAGGACAUAAUUUUUGACAAAAUAGAUAAGGCUUAUGAUAUUUUCCAAAGUCAAUUUAGAGAAAAGGAUGAGUGUGACUUAUUUGGAGAAUUACUAGCAAAAAGACUUCGAGCGUUAAGACACCAUCAAAGAGACUCUUUAAUGCAUGAUAUGGAAAAUAUGAUGUACCAAUAUUUGAAUUCAAAAUGAAUUUCUAGUUGUAGAGUAUUUUUAGCUGUAUAUUUACAUAUUUAUAGACCUGGAUCCCGCGUACCAAAAAAUAAUUGAUUAAUAGCAAGUUGAAAAUUUGUUAAUAGCUUAACGGUGUCUAGUUGGACAAUCUUAGAUGCAUGGGAACACUGGAACAGGGGAAGUUUUAAUUAUGGAACAGAUUAAAAAUUUGGAACGUCAGACUACGAAAACGUUCCAUGUAUUUUGUCAGACAGAACUUACAAUUAUUGAUUUGUUACCAUUUCAUUAAACUCUCAUGCAAAAAUCGGACUGGUGUUUAUCACCAACUGGGCAUUUUAAUGAGUGGAAUACGAAGAACAUGUCAAAUGACAGGAAUCAUGUUGGUUAGUAAUAGCAGUCUGAUUUUUGCAUGAGAGUUUAAUGGAAGAGUAACAAAUCAAUUGGAUGUUCUGUCCGACAAAUUACAUGGGACGUUUUUGUAAUCUGAUGUUCCAAAUUUUUAAACUGUUCCACAAUUAAAACUUCCCCUGUUCCAGUGUUCCCGUACAUCAAAGUUUGUCCGACUAGCCACUGUUAAGCUAUUAACAAAUUUUCAGCUUGCUAUUAAUCAACUUUUUUUUGGUACGUGGGAUCCAGGCUUAGAGUAUAGAGACAUUUAAAUAUAUUUAUUUAAAUUAAAA